UAGGCUGCAUUAUUUAAUAACAUUUAAACCACCGAUUAAAUUACGGCAAAUACUUUUCAAUAACCAUAUAUUUUAAAAGAAAUGUCAUUAAUAUUGCAGCUAUGCUAAACCCAGCCGUGUAUCUUACUUGUUGCUGUUACGACCCAUAAACGUGUUAUCGUUAUUAACAACGUUGUUAGCUCGAAUUAUGUAAAAUAAAUAAAUAAAAAAGAAUAAAGAGAGAGAUACGAACACGGUACUCUUUGAAACAGUUUUAGCUCAAAAUUAGGCUACGUAAGUAGAAAGUGUAAGGCGAUCCUACGACAGAUUUCUCCGCCUACCUAUUUAGCGCUGACAUUGUAUGCGCAGACACCGACUGCUUGUGAGGGUAUGGCAGUAAACCACAGCUGUAGUUGUCCUCACUAAAACAGUUUUACACAUUAUAUUUUGCAGUAUAGGACUAACAGUGUAAGUUACAGAUAUGUGCGUCAAAACAUAAACACUCCACACAUAUGAAGUUUCUGGUGUAACGUGUAUCUGGAUCUGAAAUAGAAAACCCUGCAAGCUAUGGAUCCCAUAACGAAGUGGUCGCCGAAGUGUGUGGUCGAAUGGAUGAAAGGGCUUGAUGACAGCUUGCAGCAGUAUGUCAUAAACUUUGAACGUGAGAAGAUAGAUGGUGAGCAGCUGCUAAAGAUCUCUCACCAGGACCUGGAGGAGCUAGGCGUGACCCGGAUCGGCCACCAAGAACUGGUGCUAGAAGCGGUGGACCUCCUGUGUGCCCUGAACUAUGGGGUAGAGACGGACACCCUGAAGAACCUGGUAGCCCAGAUGAGGGCAGCUUCCAACAACCUGCAGAACCACGCAUCAGAGCGCAGGAGAAGCCCGGUGUAUGAGGCGGGUUCGGCCCGCAAGCCCCCCAACGAGUUCCUCACCUCCAUGGUGGAACUCAUUGGUGCAGCCAAGAGCCUGCUGGCCUGGCUGGACAGGACGCCGCUGGCCGGGAUCAGUGACUUCACUGCCACCAAGAACAAGAUCAUUCAGCUGUGCCUGGAUCUCACCAGCGCUGUGCAGCAGGAUUGCACUGUCUUUGAAAUGGAAGAAAACAUUUUGGAAGUGGCGAAGGUAUUGAAUGGCAUCUGUGAUCAGACGGUGAAGAACACCUCCGAUCCUCUCGUAAGCCAGCCCUUGUGCCUGGAGGAGGUCCACCUGAGCCGCGUCACACCUGGGGAGGGACUGGGCAUGUACAUUAAGUCAACAUAUGAUGGACUUCACAUCAUCACUGGGACUACAGAAAAUUCUCCAGCAGAGAAGACCGGCAAGAUCCAUGCUGGCGAUGAGGUCAUCCAGGUCAACCGGCAGACAGUGGUGGGCUGGCAGCUAAAGAACCUGGUGGCCAAGCUGAGGGAGAACCCUGCCAACACCUUCCUGACCGUGAAGAAGAGGCCCACGGGGUCGGCCUGCUUUGCCCCUGCUCCCCUGAAGAACAUGCGCUGGAAGCCUCCCCUGGUGCAGAGCACUUCCUGCCCGCCUAAGGCAAAGUCUCCCAGCCUAUCAGAGCGCUCCAUCCGGAAGGAGAAACCUGCCAUUUUGGACCUGUACAUCCCCCCUCCUCCAGCUGUUCCCUACACACCCCGAGACGGGAGGUCCGGUUUGUGCAUUGGGGAUGGCAUCAGGCCCAGAGGCUCCGAGUCCCCCAACUCCUUCCUUGACUUGGAGGGAAGAAGGCGCACCAUCGCUGAAUGUGACGAGCAACGUAUCACUCUCCCUGUGGAAGUGAACGUGCUGCAGGAGUGGAGAAGGGACCGGGCCCCCUCCCGAAGUAAGCCCCGACCUCUAUCCAUGCCAGUAGACACUUCUGUUGACCAAAAUGACUCCUUCUCACGGCCUUGGACACCAGGAGGAAAAGGGGGCAGUAUAAUGCACAGGUAUCUAAGCAAUGAGCAGAUCCCCGCCAUUUCUGAGGAGAGCCCAUCUUUCCAGCCACACAACAGGCCCACAGGCAGCAGGCAUCUUUUCCGCGGCAUGGACCGCGUCCGGGGAAGCCGCUGCGUCAUAGAGAGCGGCUUGCACAAUACCGCCACCAUUCCCUAUCAAGAGGAGCCCUCUAAAAAGACGCCCAUCGCCUCAGCCCCAAAAGCGCCGGUAGUGGAAACUUCGCUUCUGGGUAGCUGGAUCUCCCGGCUAAAGCUGCUGACUCGGGUGCUGCUGUUAUGUGGUGGGAGGGAGCAACCAGACAAGCCGCGUCUCAGUCUAGAGCAGCCGAUGGCCACACAGACUUCGCAAUCCGAAGAUCUCUCUCUCCAAAGGUUACCCUGCCAACGAGAUCCUAACAGAACUAUGAGUCGAAGGAAGAUCUCUGUUAAAGAGCUGGGUGUCACCGAGUGCCAGGGCUGGCUCCACAAGAAGAGGGAGGUGAAGGCCUUUCUGGGAAUCAAGUGGAGGAAAUACUGGUUUGUACUGAAGCAGACCUUGCUUUACUGGUACACAGAGCCAACGGCUGAGAAAGCUAUGGGAUACAUAAAUGUAGCGGAAUUCACGAUUGAACAAGCCUCAGAGUGCAAGAGAAAGCAUGCAAUGAAGGCCAGCAACCCACACCUCAAGACUCUGUACUUCGCCGCUGACAACGCUACAGGGAUGAACAAAUGGUUAAGAAAACUUGCGCAGGUGUCCCAGCAAAAUGCCCCUUCAAAUACAAACACAGAAGAAUGUUACAGUGAAGAGAGUGACCAUGAGGAAGGGACAGAUGUGGAACAGGCAGGCUCUGAAGGGCCCGCUUCUCAUGGCAAGGACACACCUAGUGAGGACACGGUUGUUGCCACGGCGAUGCAGAACUCCACAGCAUCCCCAAUCAAACGGAAUUCGUGGCUUAACAGCAUGACGCAGGCCUACAGGAACUCAGACGACGCCAUUGCUGUGCAGACAAGUGCCACGAGCUGCCCUCUUGUAUGCGUGUCCUCGACAGCCGUGCAGGUCAGGGAUCCGGCCCAGGAGUUCAAAGAAGUCCCUGAUGAAAUGGAAAGACUGUACGUCCAGUUGAAGCAAGCUAGCCUGUACCCCACUGGCGAGCAGAAGCCCCUGACUGAAAGAGACUUCAGAAGUUCCUUCAUCAGACGCUGCAAAAACAACACCCUCAAUGAGAAGCUCCACCACUGUAGGGCGCUGAGAAGCACACUUAAGGGGAAAGAGGCUGACCUUGUGAUCAUUGACCAGGUGCUGGCAGAGCCGUGUCUGACCACUACACAGUACAGGCAAUGGAAGGACGCUAAUUCAGUGCUUCUGCAGGAGAUUUGCAGACCACUAACAGAAACUAGCAAACAGAUAACAGCAGCUGAUAAGUUAACCAUACAUCAGAAUGAAGGUGUGAAAUGAGCAGCGUGUCCGCGCAUGUGUCAGCAAGCUUGUUGCCUGUUGUCAACUGCCAUCUGUAGCGGAUAAUAAACACUUAAGAAUACCGUA